AUGGCCUACUAUGAUCCAUCAAAACCUGAUGAACUCAUAGUUGACGGAAGUCACGUAGGACUCGGAGCAGCACUCACUCAGAAAGGCUCUUCCCACACCAAGACAAUCUCCUAUGCCAGUCGAUCCCUCACUCCUGUUGAACAACGCUACAGUCAAACAGAGCUUCAAGGAUACUCGUACAACGUAACAUAUCGCCCAGGACAUGACAAUCCAGCUGAUUUUCUGUCCAGACACCCUGUUCAGUCACCAGAUGCUCCAAGCAAAUGGAAAUCUGCCUACAGACCAAAUGUUAACGCAAAGCUUGACAGCGCUACAGCAAGACAGCUUCAGUCCUUUGCUACAGUGCACACUGAGUUAUCAGUAAACUCUGAGGGAAGUAUCCUCCUGUUUGGUUCCCACAUUGUGAUACCAGCCUGCCUUCAACAGCGAGUGUGCGACCUCGCCCACGUUGGACAUCAAGGUAUUGUCAAAACAAAGAAACUGCUUCAUCAAAAGGUUUGGUUCCCUGGUAUCGAUAAACUCGUGGAGACAACCAUUCAUAACUGUAUCCCGUGCCAGGCCGUAACCCUAGAAAACUCUUCCCGUCAAGAACCGCUCAAGAUGACUGUGUUCCCGCAAGCACCAUGGGAAAACGUCUGUGCAGAUUUCGUUGGACCAUUACCCUCUGGAGACUACUUACUGAUUGUCUAUGACGAAUCACCAUUCCCGCCUUUGACAAGAUAUUUGCCACACAUGAUAUACCAUCAGUUUUGA